AGCGAUCGACGAUGCAAGUCGCGAGAGAGGCUAUCCAAAGCGCUGCUUGUUGUCAAAGGGAAGUCGUCCACAACCUGCGGCCAGCGGUGACGGAAAUAUAUAAGGGGUCGCCCAUCGCGUCUAUCUACGCCGUAUUAUGAGCAGGGGCGCUACGCGGAUCCUGACAACGUCAUGCCGGGGUUCACCCCAUGCUGACCACUUUCGUCCGCUGCGAGGCGUUCCCGAAGCUGCCUGGGGCCGUUGGUUUUCACGCCGUCGUCGGCCAAUCAACACUUUUCCCAUGCUGGCCUCAGGAACGAAAUCUGGCAAGAUGGCGGAAUCUGUUUGUGGAAACCGCAGACACGAAAGUUUCGAAACUGUGCAAUUCAUGCGAUCAAACACCCGUGGACGUCCUCUCAGGAGUGCUAGGAGUGGGCCACGGACUCCUGAAUGGACUGUGCGUGAGAAGCACUCAGCGGGGGCCUCGCCAAAAGUCAAGCCGCACGGCCGCCGAUUGGGUCUGUGGUGGGCGGAACGUCGAUUCCUGCACCCCUUGAAACGCCGUCUCCGUCGCAUGACAGUAUGGAAACAUCAGCCACUCCUCCGCAAUGUUGACGACGGACAUGGGCAGAAAGGUACGGCCGGCCUCGUCGCUUCCUGAUAGCGUCCCAUUUCCGUUCAUCAUGCAUGGCGCCCGAGGAGUCAUGAGGGGGAUCCAACACACGGCUUGAGCCUUGAGGAGACUGUCAGACUCGCCAACAUCAUUCCCUCGAGUCCUCGGGCCAUUUCUUGCAAAAUCAGAUGCAAGCGAGCUGAGAUCAGCUGUCUGGCGUGAGGUGUACGCCGCAGUGCGAUCGUUUCCCACCAGAUGAUGGGUUGAGGGCUGCAUGCAUAGUGUUGGUAACCGACUUGGAUGGGGAUGAGUUGUCCAGUUGGC